AAAUUCUGCAUGGGAGGCAUAUACUAUCAAUGAGUUUAAAAAUCUUAAAGUUACUGAUUCUUUAAGAUUCAAAGAAUCAGUAAUAAUUGAGGCCAUCAAUUCAAAAUUCAAAAAAUGUAGAAAACCUAAAGAUUUUGGAUUAUUAGCUUUUGAUGUUAAAGUAAAUCGUAGAGAUAAUAGUAUCAAUAUUAUCAUAACAUAUAAGCAAAAACUUAUUCUUGUUCAAUGUAAAAACACUGAGAUGCCUAUACCUGUUCAAAUUUUAAAAGAAAAAGGAAAGUUUGCAACUCUUAAAGCAAAACAAUGGGCAUAUACAUCAAAAAGAAAUAUCAAAAUUUGUAAUGAAAAUCAGUUUGUAGGAAUUAUUAAGGAGUUUUACAAAUCAGAUAAUGAUGAUUAUGUAGAGUUA